AUGGCUCUGCGGCGGCCAGGUGAGGCCGGACCCCAGGGCAAGAUGUGCUAUCCUCCUGAGAGGCUCCAGGGAGGCGCCCAACACCUGGACGCCUACUACACGCCUUUCCCGCCCUAUGGCCACUAUGCGAACAUGCUAACCGCUGCGGAGGAAGAUUUCCAACCUUUCCCGCAGCUGGAGGCCGCCGUGACUGCAUCCCACGCGAUGCCCCCCUUUGCCUUCCGGCCCGCGCCUCUCUUGCUGAGCACCAGCCUGGCUCUGCAGAGGGAGCCGCUCUACGACCUGCCCUGCUACAGCAAGCUGCCACCGUGGUCCCCAAUUCCCCACCUCCCCAGAGAGGUGCCGCACUUCCUCAACAGCAGCCGCGAGUAUGCAGGCGCCACCGGUGAAGACUUGGGCCAUACUGGUGGCCGAAGUGACACUGGCCAGUGCUGUGGGCCUGAAAUUUUAAUGCCGCCGCCGGCUGUAAAUGCUUCCCUGUUCCCUGAGGGGGUGAAGGCCUCCCAGUUAUUAUCUUGCUCCCCCAGCAAGCGGUCUGAGGAGGGCUCCAAACCCCUGAACCAACAAGGGAAGUCAUCUCACCGCUACCACUUCACCCAGGAGGACCUGCACUUAGUUCUGUUCGGGGUCAUUCCCAGCCUGGAUCACUCAGCCCCUCUGCACCACGCGGUUUCCGGUUUCCUGGUCCCCACGGACAGCUCUGGAUCUGAUUCUCUUUGUCGAACUCUGGAUAAAGACUCCCUUCAACUACCAGAAGGUCUCUGCCUCAAGCAGACGAUGUUUGGUGAGGUGCGGCAUUUUGGUGUAUUCUGCAGUAGCCUUGUUGCCAAAGGAGUCAGAUUUGGACCCUUUCAAGGUAAAGUGGUCAACGCCAGUGAAGUCAAGACCUAUGGAGACAAUUCUCUGAUGUGGGAGAUCUUCGAAGAUGGUCAUUUGAGCCACUUCAUAGAUGGAAAAGGAGGUGCGGGGAACUGGAUGGCCUACGUCAACUGCGCCCGUUUCCCCAAGGAGCAGAACCUGGUUGCGGUGCAGUGUCAGGGGCAGAUAUUUUACGAGAGCUGCAAGGAUAUCUGCCAGAACCAAGAGCUCCUUGUGUGGUAUGGAGACUGCUACGAAAAGUUUUUGGACAUUCCCAUGAGCCUUCAGGUCACAGAGCAGGGGAAGCCGGUGCCUGGGCCCUCUGAAGAGUCUGCAGAAGGCUACAGAUGUGAAAGAUGUGGAAAAGUAUUUACCUACAAAUAUUACAGAGAUAAGCACCUCAAAUACACCCCUUGUGUGGACAAGGGUGACAGGAAAUUUCCCUGCUCUCUCUGCACACGAUCCUUCGAGAAGCGGGACCGGCUCCGGAUCCAUGUCCUUCACGUUCAUGAGAAGCACCGGCCUCACAAGUGUUCUACGUGUGGGAAAUGUUUCUCUCAGUCUUCCAGCCUAAACAAACACACGAGAGUCCACUCUGGAGACAGACCAUACCAGUGUGUAUACUGCACAAAGAGGUUCACUGCCUCCAGCAUCCUUCGCACGCAUAUCAGGCAGCACUCAGGGGAGAAGCCCUUCAAAUGCAAGUACUGUGGUAAAUCUUUUGCAUCCCACGCGGCCCAUGACAGCCACGUCCGUCGCUCGCACAAGGAAGAUGAGGGCUGCUCCUGCAGCAUCUGUGGAAAAACCUUCCAGGAUCAAGAAGCGUUCUACUCCCACACGAAGCUUCACGAAGGCUACUAG